UUUCACCACCAAAUUCCAUUAAAAUGCUAUAAAACCAUGCAACUUCAUUCCACACUCCACAUUGUUGUCAUGGAUCAAGAAAUACCAUUGUUUGUUGUUUUGUAUUUUCUAUUUUAUGUUUUAGUUUAUCAAACAACACACUACUUUUUUCCUCAACCCCUCCAUUUCUUAGAAUUUUUUCUGAGUCAUAAUGUUCAAAACAUCAUUACACCUAUUUUACUGUUGAAUCCUCCUCUUUUGAUGGUAUUAUGUGCCUACCAUUUUGAAGUUUUACUACGGAAAGCCGUACGCUUUUUGAUAUCGGGGGAAAGUAGAUUCAUAUUUGAUUGCAUUUCUACUGGGUUUCAAGUGGGUCGAUACAUGUUUUACGAAGACGAUUUAUCCGUAGUUGUCUUCAUCUCAAACCUAUUUUCCAUCUUCAUCAUCUUUUUAUACCAAUUUAUUGAUGAUAUAUAUAGGACGAGAGGCAAGAUGAUGGUGAAGAAAAUCGUCAAGAGAUCCAUAUAUGGUUUUUUGGUUUUACUACACCUAAGACGGAUGUUCGAAACGGCCUAUCUUCCUUUUCCUUUGCCCGGAUGUAUUUUCCCUCUCAUACCGGCCAUUAUGGGUGCUUCUUUAAUAGUAUUUGGCUAUAAUGAUAGACCUAUCAUUCCUACAACAGCUCCUUCGACUUCCACAGCUCCCACAUAUCCUUCGACUUCUACAGCACCGGAAUCGGAACAGAAAUGGCAUUCGGAUUCAGAAGAAGAAGAAGCGUAUAAAGAAAAAAUCCCAUAGGGAAGGUUAAAUUGACAAAGGUCUGACGGAGGAUAGUCCACCGCAAGGCAUUAGCC